AUGUCUUUAACUGAUGAUCAAGUCAACGCAGAACUCCGUAAGAUGAAAGCUUUCAUCGAAAAGGAAGCUCAAGAGAAAGCUAAAGAAAUAAAAUUGAAAGCUGAUGAAGAAUAUGAAAUUGAAAAGGCUUCAAUUGUUAGAUCAGAAACAGCUGCCAUUGAUGCAUCAUAUGAACAAAAAUUCAAAAAAGCUUCAUUAGCUCAACAAAUUACAAAGUCAACUAUUGGUAAUAAAACAAGAUUAAGAAUUUUAGCUACUAAAGAAGAAGUAUUAAAUGAAAUGUUUGAAAGUGCCAAAGCUAAAUUGAGUGAUAUCAGUAAGAAUAAAGGUGAUUAUAAACCAGCAUUUAUUGGAUUAAUUGAAGAAGCAUUAUUAGCCAUUUUAGAAGGUGAAGUUUUCGUCAAAGUUAAAGAAUCAGAUUUAUCUUUAGCCAAAGAAUCAAUAGAUGAAGCUGCCAAAAAUUUCGAAGAAAAAACCGGUUUCCCAGUUAAAAUUAAUAUUCAUGAUGAAUUUUUAUCCGAUGAUAUUUCCGGUGGUGUAAUUGUUACCAACAAAUCAGGUAAGAUCGAAGUUGAUAAUACAUUAGAUGAAAGAUUAAAAUUAUUAUCGGAAGAAGCAUUACCAGGUCUUAGAUUGGAAUUAUUUGGUAUCUCCGAAUCAAGAAAGUUCUUUGAUUAA